GUGGACAGUAACGGAGUAGCUUUACUUCGUUACUGUACUUAAGUACAUUUUUCAAGUAUCUGUACUUUACUGGAGUAGUUUUAUUUUGAGCAACUUUUACUUUUACUUCACUACAUUCCAAAGCAUAAAAUCGUACUUUUUACUUCACUACAUUUCAUAAAACAUAUCGUUACUCCCUAUAUCACGUGCUCCGACACUCAGAAGCGGUGUCUGAUGCAUCAUGAACGAACUGAAUCUUUUCAAAAGAAACUUUUAAAUCGGAUCGCGAAUCGCACCAAACGAUUCGUUUACGAAUUAGAAUGAUCCGAUUGCAGCUGUUCUGGAGUCGACCACUCACUGAUUCAAAUGAACCGUUUAGUGCGAGUCUACAGAAGUAAGAACCGGGAGAUCUUGUGAGCGCGCGUGCGUCUGAUGUUGCUAAAACACACUGCAGUAAUGUCAAACUGUGGAGGCUGGAGCCACAUUGAACUGUUCGAUCCAGAGGUGAAAAAGAUUUGUUUUGAGCUGAGGCCAGAGAUAGAGAAGACUGUUGGAACUGAUUUUAAGAUUUUCAUUCCUGUGGUCUGGUCUUCUCAGGUUGUGGCAGGAACAAAUUACAUGUUCAAGGUGCUGGUUGAUGCAGAUAGGGAUGGAGAGUGUGUUCACGCGAUGAUAUUUCAGGCUCUUCCCUGUGAUGGAGGCGGACUGAGUGUGACUGAAAUCCAGUACCCCAAAUCCGUUGAUGACCCACUGACCCCUGUACACUUACAGAAAUAGUCUUGAUUUAAUAACAGACACAUGCAAUGAACUGCCAUACUGUAUAGAGGAACAUCUGAAAUCAUUUCAUUCCUCAAUAUUA